AUGGCUGCCGGAGCGCCGCCGAAGGAGACCUCGGGCUCCUGCCGCGCCGGUGGGAUCUCGGCCCGUUAUUUCUGCACGGCCGGACGGGGGAUGGAGCCCUUCCUGCUCCGGGAGGUGCAGGCGAGGCUGGGCGCCACGCAGGUGGAGUAUGUAUCGGGGAAGGUUUUCUUUGCCACCAAUGCCGAGCUGCGUACGCUGAAGAAGCUGAAAUCUGCUGAGCGGUUGUUUUUACUGCUGAAAAAAUAUCCUCCACUUUCCGUCUCUAAAAAUAAAGGAAGAGUAAUCCGUGAUAUUCAGAAACUUGUAAAUGAGGAUUCCAGGAUUUGGCUGGAUAUUGUUACUGUUUGGAAAAGUCUUCAUGGUCAAGAAGUAAAAGAAAAAAAUGUGAGUCAGGAAUAUCCAAAUUUGCAAAAACGGAAAUCUGAAGAGGAAGGCAGUACAAACAACAAAAGGCAGAAAAGAGAAAAACUGUUGGCGACUAUUUCUGCUGAGAGUCAAAUAGAAGAUCAAGAGAGAGGUGACAUGUCUGAAACUGAUACAGACAAUGUUUUGUCUGAAGGCAAAUUAUGUCUGGAGAAGGCUUGGGAAAGUAUCCAAGAGAAGUGUGUUGAGGGCAGUAGCAGCUUCAGCUUCCGAGUGUCUUGCCGCUGUAGUGGAGCCCCUGCUAAAGUAUUUCCUGCACAGAUUGUGGGAAGAAUAAUUGGAAUAGCUCUUAUGAAGCAUUUUGGAUGGAAGGCAGAUCUGAGAAAUCCUGAUAUAGAGAUCUUUGUUCACCUAAAUGAUGAUUACUCUGUGAUUGGGAUCCCUGUUUUCAGACUUCCCUUGGCGAGCAGAGCAUAUAUCAAAACUGCUGGGUUGCGAUCUACCGUUGCUUGGGCUAUGGCAUCCUUUGCUGAAAUCCAAACUGGUGACUUUGUGUUGGAUCCUACAUGUGGCCUUGGAACAGUACUUCUGGAAGCUGCAACUGAAUGGCCUGAUGCACAUUAUUUGGGAACUGACAUAAGUGAUUCACAGUUACAAGGAGCCUAUUCUAAUAUCAGAGCGGCAGGCUUGGUGGGUAAAAUCGACUUAUUGAAAGCUUCUGCGACAGGAUUGCCAUUGUCUCCAAAAAGCAUCAAUGUUGUUUUUGCCGACAUCCCAUUUGGGAAGAAGUUCAAAAUAACGGAUGACAUGAGGUUACUACCAAAUGUUUUGCAAGAAAUUGAAAGGCACGGUGCUUUGUGUUGGAGGGACUGUUGUGCUGUUGCUUAGUCAAGAACUCCAUAAGUGCAUCAACGGCGGCAUUUCCAGUGGUCCUGAGACUGAGAAUCACAACUCUGUGGAAUCUAUGAGCGACUGUACAGAAUGUGCAGUGGUAUCACUUGAGUCAAACACCCAGGAAA